CAAGCAGCGACUCCGUUCCGUCGUCGACGGCGACCACGCCGCCGUCGCCAUCCUUCCCCUUCCACUCCGUUCUCGCGUUGCAGAACCGAAUAAUGCUGCUCUCCACUCACAUCCCUCCUCAGCUCGAUUCGGUUUCCGAGGUCCGGUUUGUAUGAAGUGUAAGCCUCCUUCGAAGCCAUGGAGCCCAGCGAGAUCGGAUGGCUGGGGAGCAUGCGGCGGAGCAGCGGCGUGUGGAGGGGCGACGACGGGGUGUUCUCCCGGUCGUCGAGGGAUGGGUGGGAGGACGGCGACGACGAGGAGGCGCUUGAGUGGGCGGCGCUGGAGAAGCUCCCCACCCUCGACAGCGUGCAGCACGGCAUCGUCGAGAUCUCCGUCGACGAGGGAGACUGCGGAGGGAGGCUGCAGGAGGUCGAAGUCAAGAAGUUGGGAUACAGGGAGCGGCGGGCCCUCGUCGAGCGCCUCGUCCGCGUCGCGGAGGAGGACAACGAGCGGUUCUUGCUCAAGCUCAGGGACCGCAUCGACAGGGUUGGCCUUGAUUUCCCCACCAUCGAGGUGCGGUACGAGCACCUGAGCGUCGAGGCGAAGGCUCAUGUGGGCGACAGAGGCCUGCGAACCAUUCUCAACUCUGCCAUCGACGUUUUCGAGGAUUUUGCGAAUGCUUUGCGGGUACUUCCAAGUAGAAAGAGACCUUUGUCAAUCCUUCAUGAUGUUAGUGGAAUCAUCAAACCACGCAGGAUGACUUUACUCUUGGGUCCUCCAGGAUCGGGAAAAACCACGCUGUUGCUUGCAUUGGCUGGAAAGCUUAGUUCCGAACUCAAGAGCGCUGGAAAAGUGACCUACAAUGGUCAUGAAAUGCAUGAAUUUGUCCCUCAGCGAACGGCUGCAUACAUCAGCCAGUAUGAUCUUCAUAUCGGAGAGAUGACUGUUCGCGAAACGUUGGCUUUUUCUGCUAGAUGCCAAGGAGUCGGUACUCGUUAUGAGAUGUUAACUGAGUUAGCAAGGAGAGAGAAAGCCGCAAACAUUAAGCCAGAUCCGGACCUGGAUGUUUUCAUGAAGGCAGCUGCAACGAAAGGACAAGAAACUAAUGUGAUCACUGAUUAUGUACUCAAGAUACUGGGUUUGGAGGUUUGCGCUGAUACCCUGGUGGGAGAUGAAAUGCUGCGAGGCAUUUCUGGCGGGCAAAGGAAGCGUGUCACUACAGGUGAAAUGCUUGUUGGACCUGCAAGAGCUUUAUUCAUGGAUGACAUAUCAACUGGUCUGGAUAGUUCAACAACCUUCCAGAUAGUAAACUGCCUCAGGCAGUCAAUCCACAUUCUUGGUGGAACUGCUGUUAUAUCUCUGCUUCAGCCAGCACCAGAGACAUAUGACCUUUUUGACGACAUCAUUCUUCUAUCUGAUGGGCAAGUUGUGUAUCAAGGCCCUCGAGAAAAUGUGCUCGAAUUCUUUGAAUCUAUGGGCUUUAAAUGCCCAGAGAGGAAGGGUGUUGCGGACUUCCUACAAGAAGUAACAUCGAGGAAGGAUCAGCAACAGUACUGGGCACGCCAUAAUGAACCUUAUAGAUAUGUUCCAGUAAGAGGAUUUUCUGAAGCAUUCCAGUCAUUUCAUGUUGGUCGGGCUAUUGUGGAGGAACUUCUUGUUCCAUUUGAUGGGAGUAAGAGCCACCCAGCUGCUCUUACAACUACAAGAUACGGGGUCAGCAACAAGGAAUUGUUACUAGCUAAUAUUGACAGAGAAUUGUUGCUAAUGAAGAGAAACUCAUUUGUCUACAUCUUCAGAGUGAUUCAACUUACCAUCAUGGCAAUGAUUACAAUGACAGUUUUCCUACGCACCAAAAUGCCCCAUGAUUCUUUAGAUGGCGGUAAUAUAUACAUGGGAGCACUUUACUUUACAAUACUCGUGACCGUUUUUAAUGGGCUCUCUGAACUCGCCAUGACCAUUUUAAAGAUUCCUGUUUUCUUCAAACAAAGAGAUCUCCUAUUUUUUCCGACAUGGUCAUAUACAAUACCAACAUGGAUUCUUAAGAUUCCCAUUGCAUUUAUUGAAGUUGCAGUAUGGGUUUUCACGUCUUACUAUGUCAUUGGAUUUGAUCCAAAGGUUGAAAGACUGUUCAAGCAAUAUCUCCUGUUACUAGCAGUAAACCAAAUGGCAUCUGGACUCUUCCGUUUCGUUGGUGCAGCAGGUAGGAAUAUGAUUGUUGCAAAUACCUUUGGAUCCUUUGCAAUGCUCGUCCUUCUUGUGAUGGGUGGUUUCAUACUUUCACGAGAACAAGUUAAAAAAUGGUGGAUUUGGGGUUAUUGGAUAUCGCCUCUAAUGUACUCGCAAAAUGCAAUAUCAACAAAUGAAUUCUUAGGGCAGAGCUGGAGUCAGAUACUCCCGCAAACGAGAGAGCCACUAGGAGUUAUUGUAUUAAAGUUGCGUGGAGUAUUUCCUGAAGCAAGAUGGUAUUGGAUCGGCUUUGCAGCCUUAGUUGGUUACGUCUUACUAUUUAAUUUUCUUUUUACCAUGGCUCUCACUUAUCUAAAACCAUUUGGGAAGUCUCAGCCACCUCUUUCUGAAGAAUUGUUAAGGGAGAAAACUGCCAACCUAACUGGACAAGUGUCAGAACAAUCAUCCAAAGGAAGGAAAUUUAUUGGUCAAUCUUCUUCUAAGAGAAAUAUUGAUGGAACGAGAAGAGUAGGUUCCCGAAAUGCUGCUCUUGAACAGAACAAGAGGGGAAUGGUCCUCCCAUUCACCCCGCUUUCUAUUGCUUUCGAUAAUAUACAAUAUUCUGUGGACAUGCCACAGGAAAUAAAAGCUCAAGGUGUAGUAGAAGACCGUUUGGUGCUCCUAAAGGGAGUGUGUGGAUCAUUCAGACCAGGAGUUCUUACAGCUCUAAUGGGUGUGAGUGGAGCUGGCAAAACAACACUCAUGGAUGUAUUGGCUGGGAGAAAAACUGGUGGAUAUAUCGAAGGGAGCAUUAGCAUAAAUGGAUUCCCUAAAAAGCAGGAAACUUUUGCCCGUAUAUCAGGAUACUGUGAGCAGAGUGACAUUCACUCUCCCCAUGUGACGGUUUAUGAGUCUCUUGUCUACUCCGCAUGGCUUCGGUUGUCCAAUGAUGUUGAUUCUGCAACAAGGAUUAUGUUUGUGGAAGAGGUGAUGGACCUUGUAGAACUGACAUCACUGAGAAAUGCACUUGUUGGAUUGCCAGGAGUUGAUGGGUUGUCGACUGAGCAACGAAAGCGGCUCACUAUUGCUGUGGAACUUGUUGCCAACCCAUCAAUUAUAUUCAUGGACGAACCGACUUCUGGGCUCGACGCAAGAGCUGCAGCUAUUGUUAUGAGAACUGUGAGGAACACAGUGGAUACUGGAAGGACUGUGGUGUGCACUAUUCACCAGCCUAGCAUUGACAUAUUUGAAGCCUUUGAUGAGCUCUUCCUAUUGAAGCGAGGUGGCGAAGAAAUAUAUGUAGGUCCGCUCGGUCACCAUUCGUGCCAUCUGAUAAGCUACUUUGAGGUAGGAGGCAUAAUUAUUUUGAUAGAGAUACUCUUUGUUGAAACAUCUGACAAUUGUUUUCUGAUUCCUUCCAAGGGAAUUGAUGGAGUUAGAAAGAUAAAGGAUGGUUACAAUCCUGCAACUUGGAUGUUGGAAGUGACCACACAAGCCCAAGAAAAUAUUUUGGGUGUUAAUUUCAGUGACUUGUACAAGAGUUCAGAGUUGUAUCAGAGAAACAAGAGUCUGAUAAAGGAGCUAAGCAAACCUCCUCCUGGUUCAAGUGAUCUCUAUUUUCCGACGCAGUUCUCUCAGUCUUUCAUUGUGCAGUGCAUAGCGUGUCUAUGGAAACAACGCUUAUCGUAUUGGAGGAAUCCUCCAUACACUGCAGUGAGGAUUUUCUUCACAACAGUGAUAGCGUUGAUGUUCGGAACUAUAUUCUGGGGCCUUGGCACCAAAAGGUCUAGACAGCAAGAUUUGUUUAACGCGAUGGGUUCAAUGUAUGCCUCAGUGCUAUUUAUCGGGGUACAGAAUGCUUCAUCUGUUCAGCCAGUUGUGGCCAUUGAACGAACAGUAUUUUACAGGGAAAGAGCUGCAGGGAUGUAUUCGGCCUUGUCAUAUGCCUUCGGGCAAGUUGCAAUUGAAGUUCCUUACGUUUUGGUCCAAGCUUUGAUAUAUGGUGUAAUAGUUUAUGCGAUGAUCGGAUUCGAGUGGACUGUUGCUAAAUUUUUCUGGUACUUGUUCUUCAUGUACUUCACAUUCCUUUACUUCACUUUUUAUGGAAUGAUGGCUGUGGGCUUGACUCCCAACUACAACAUCGCAUCCAUUGUUUCUUCUGCCUUCUAUGGAAUGUGGAAUCUCUUCUCUGGAUUCAUCAUUCCUCGCACGCAAAUUCCAGUGUGGUGGAGAUGGUAUUACUGGCUGUGUCCCAUUGCUUGGACACUGUAUGGAUUGGUCACCUCCCAGUUCGGAGAUGUUGAAGAGAAACUCGAAGAGGGUCCGACCGUGGCAGAGUUUGUGAGGAGUUACUUCGGGUUCGACCGCAGCUUCAUGGGAGUUGUAGCUUCGGUGAUCGUCGCAUUUCCUGUGUUUUUUGCGUUCCUCUUUGGAUUUUCGAUAAAGAUGCUCAACUUUCAGAAAAGGUGAUAAUGACUUCAUUUCUGAGGAUCAAGAACAACAUGGAGACCAUAGAAACAUGCUUUCUCCUACCAAAGAUGCUCAACUUUCAGAGAAGGUGAUAAUAACUUCAUUUCUGAGGAUCAAGAACAACAUGGAGACCAUAGAAACAUGCUUUCUCCUACCAUUUCAUAUUGGUUGAGGGUGUUAUUUAAAAUUGUUAAAAAUAUUAAUAUCAUGAAAUUAAUUUCUAAUC